AUGGAGCUGAGCAUUGACACGUCGGAGCUGCAGCUGCCAGGGGAGUACGACUUCGAGAGCAACUUCAACGAACGGGAAGCUAGGGAAUGGAUGAGGGAGAACUGGCACAAGUCUGUGUUUUUUGCUGUGGCUUAUGUGAUCUUGGUCUUUGGAAUCCAGCAUUUCAUGAAGGAAAAGAAAGCCUACAACCUACGUGCACCACUGGUCCUGUGGUCCUUCAAUCUGGCCUUGUUCAAUGCCAUUGUGGCCUGUCGGGUCUGGAAGCAAAUGGCCUUCAUCCUUUCUACCAAGGGAUUUAAGCAAUCAGUGUGUAGUCAGUCCUUCUAUGUCCACCCCAUCUCCAAGCUUUGGGUAUAUUUGUAUGUGUGGAGUAAAUUCCUGGAAAUGGGUGACACCAUGUUCAUUGUUCUCCGGAAAAAGAAGCUCAUCUUCCUCCACUGGUUCCACCACAGUAGCACAGUGAUGAUCACCUGGUAUAGCUAUGCGGGUAUGUCGGCUGGCAGUGGCUGGGUUGUCAUCUUGAACUCCAGUAUCCAUGCUGUCAUGUACUCAUACUAUGCCGUGCGAGCGGCAGGUUUCCAGGUACCCCACUUCCUUGUCAUGGUAAUAACCAUUUCACAAAUUGUGCAGCUGCUGGGAUUUGUAAUAAUGUACACCUUGAUUAUCUUCUGGAUGGAGGAUAAGGUCUGCCAUGCCACCUGGACCGCUGGUUUCCUUUCAUUCAUGUUUAGUCUCAGUAUCCUGGUGCUCUUCUGCAACUACUUCUUCAAGACUUAUCUGGGGAGCCCCCAGAAACCCAAAGGGGAAUAA